GGCGUCUUUAAACGGAAUGAAAGAGCAAAGAUGGCGGCAGGACAGGGAAGGUGGUGAAUCCUUGAUAGAGACAUAAGGUGCCGGUACCCGUAGCUUCUUACAGAGGCAGGACCCUUCUUGAAGCUAAUGAUUCGGUCAUUGCAACGGGUGCUAGCCGGGUGGUGGAAAGGAGUGGUAUGAGUUGGAGUAGAAGGAGGAGAGCCAUGGCGAGGAGACGAGGAUCGGCCGGCCAGGAAAGUAAGCCCGAUCCCAGUUCGAACGCUUCACCUCGAUAGACACUUGCCUACCGCGACACGGAGAAUCGAUCGAUCGUCUAUGCAUAAAGGAUCAGCGGUAUUCAGUUAUCAGUCAAUUAAAAUUUUUAUUUUUCCUUCGACUCGAUUUAUUCCUACUUGAUCGACGGGACUACUCAUAGAAGCUGCUCAUGUUUCUUAUUUGGGGGUUGCUACUACUACGCACCCCGACGUACGCUGCUGCCGGAAAUAGCUACCAGACUUCGACAUCCUUCAAAAAAUGGUGGCCGUGGUGUUUAUUGCUUCCGGGCUGUCUGGCGUCCUGGACGAAAUACGUCGAGGAAUACGAUUCUAUGAGGGUCGCACGAUGCGACGCACGUUGUGGCGAAAAUCCACCUGACGAAUGCAUGGGGAUUUGCUUGACCUCCAAUUACACGAAGCCUGGAUUGUGCCCUGAACAGAAUUCCAUGUCGUCUUUCGAAGCCGCUUGCUUAGAUGCCUGCACCGGGGAUUCGCAUUGUCCUGAUAUGGCCAAGUGUUGCACACAUGAUUGCGGUAUCACUUGUAUGCAUCCUAUAAGUUUGGAUGGCAGAAGUGACCUUCCGGCUAUACCGGAGAGUGUUCAGAUCCUUCAGCAAAAAACUAAUCAGGUACUGCUCAGCUGGCGAAGUCCUCAUUCUGCUGUCAGAGGCGCAAACAAUGAAGACGCCGGUGUCAGGUAUCUGGUCGAGGAACGUCAUCUACUGGGACCCAGAUAUUUCGAAUCCAGAUUGAGUUCCUGGUCCGUCAGACACGUGUCCAGGAAGCCUCACGCUACUUUGCGUGAUGGACUCAGAAUGGGUCAUUGGUAUCAGUUUCGUGUGGCUGCAAUCAACAGUAAUGGAUCCAGAGGAUACUCCAAACCAUCGAGACCAUUCAAGACGAAAGAGCCACGAAAUCCGAAAGUUCCUCAAAAUCUCACGGUGAGCGGCGCUCGCGUCGUUAACGACAAAUUACGUAUUAAUCUACGAUGGAAGCAGCCGUCAUCGGACGCACCGAUAUUGUUUUAUCGAGUAUUUUGGACUCGGAUGAUUCACGGACCAACCAAUGACUCUAUCCUGGUAUACCGUCGCACGGUACCCAAGGACAAAACGUGCUACGAGCUUAAAAAUUUGGAAUUAAGCUGUCAGUACUUUCUUCAAGUCCAGGCAGUAGCGAUUUACGGCGGCGAACGUCUGGUUUCUCAGAAAGCUUCGAAAGUCUUCAACAGCACCGACUACGGGAAAUUCGCUGCCACUGGAAGACGUUCGCGUAGGUGCGAACGGCAUCAGGAUGGUCUCCACGUGCGCCGAAUGAUCUGUCAUUGCGGCGAGAUAAAAGCACGUCUUGUCUGGCCGGCAAACGCCAACGCGGACAGGUACAACGUCACCUGGAGACAGGAAUCUUGCUCGGCGUCAUCUCGGACACGUGAUCCGGAUUCCCAUCGCAAAACAAUGUUCAGGGUCACCGAGAAAAGUCAUUGCGACGUCCUUCAAUUGAGGAAUAACUGUACGUACGUAGCGAACGUACGGAAUAUACUUGGGAAAGGUAAACUAGAGGAACAUGGAAGUAGCAUAGAAUUUUUGGCAACCGGAUGUCAUCAUGGCAGACACAAAGAAAUCGGCCAAGAUAAAUCGUCUCAGUGCAAAAGUAAAUCGAGAAUGAGAAGACAGUAUUUUGGAUUUUAGGUAGACCCUGUGAAAUUAUUCUUUUUAUUAUUACCUAAGAUCGUUCUCUUACUUUCGCGAGCAUUAAAGCACACGCGAAUAGAUAUUUCAAAAGUUUCAAACUCAUUGUUCCAUCGUACGAAGAAGCCUUAACAAAAAUUGUAGUUCGCUUCUUUGUUUUUUUUUUUUUAAUAAAAACGCCAAAAUUCGAGUUACACGAA